AUGAUGAACGACCUGAGCUCCGAGCAGGGCAGAAAGAGACGAGCGGUUUGGGGAGCAUUUAAGAGCAUCAAGGAUGUAGUGAAGAGGAGCAAUGAAAUCCAACUCCGUGCUCACCUAUUCAACCCCAUCGUUCUUUCUGCAUUGACCUACGCUUCAGAAACAUGGUCCUUUCGCAAGCAGGAGGAAAAUGCUAUCAGCGCUAUAGAACGCAGAAUUGAAAGGGUGAUGGUAGGAGCAACGCGCUUUACGCAAGUGAAGGAAGGGAUUCGAAGUUCACUCCUACAUUACCGAUUGAAGAUCAAAGGCGCUACCACGUAUGCCAAGGAAAGCAAAAUUAGGUGGGCCGGACACGUGAUGCGUUUCAGCGACAAUCGUUGGAUCAGAGCCGUAAGCGACUGGAUACCACGCGACAUCACUUCUGCGCAAUCGGGAGAAAUGGAAGUAUUCUUGGUGCCCUCUCGAGCAAAUCGAUGA